AUGUUCAAAGGAAUAAUCCCUGAGGAUGACCUGCAGCUUAGUGAUAGCGAAGAGGAUAGUGAUGACCAGGUUGCUGAAAAGCCACCUUCUUCACUUGCUCCUCCAAGGGAGAAGCAGAUGCUCUUGCUGGUGAGGGACUGCCCCGGCAGUCAGCAGAAGUCAGCACACUCUCCUGGCAGUCACCAGAGGAGAGCAGAGGAUGGGGAAGUCCGUGGUGUGAGGAAGCAAGACCUGGAGAGGAGAAUCACAGACACUCGUGACAAGUCCUGUCAAAAGAGAAAGAGGGAAGUGGAGAAGGAGAUUGAUUGGAAGAAAAAGAAAUCAGACAAAGAAACAAAGUCAUUGCAGUCUUCAGCUCAGGAGGACUCCAGUAAAUUGAAACAGCAUCCAGUGGAAUACUACAUCAAAGAGGCCAAAAGGCUGAAGCAUAAAGCUGAUACAAUGGACGACAGGACUGGAAGGGCCUUCCAGUACCUAGAUGCUGCCCUUUCCUUCAUUGAAUAUGGGAUUGCCUUGGAAUCAGACCCAACAGAACCCAAAUCAGCUUCCAGCGUGUUCAGUGGCACCAUAGAUCUCCUCAAAUUCAUCAUGAGACUGAAAUCCUUUACAGACUCCACAGCAUCUUCACAGGACAAGAUCUUUGCUGUGUUAUGCAUGCGCUGCCAGUCCCUUCUGCACAUGGCAAUGUUCCGUUACAAAAAACACAUUGCCAUGAAGUAUUCCAGGAUCCUGAAUGACCACUUCAGGAGUUCUUCCAGAUCUACACAAGCACCUUCUCUGUGUGUUGCAAGAAGCACAGGCAUGACUUCUUAUGCUGGCAGUGGCUACAGUGAGAACAGCAUUGGCUCUUCGGUCACUGUUCCCUAUAACAUCCCAAACAUCACCUCUGCGUACAUCAACAUCAGUUCCUAUAUCCUCUAUGCAUGUGAUAUUUGGGAAAAGGCCGAUGCACUGGCUGGGAAGAACACGUGGUGCUGCUGCUGCCACUCCUCGCUGCCCUCUCGCCUGUCAGAUGGGCCUGUGGUGUGA